AUGGCAAACGUGGCGUUUAAUAAAGAAGCAAAUCGAAUCAUAGCUAUGCCAGAGCAAGAGUGUCGGUACCCGCAUUACGAGACCUUAGAUUCCAGGCUCAAAUCCUACAAACAUUGGCCCCCGUCUUUGCCAACGAAGCCAGAAGAGUUAGCAGAGGCCGGUUUCUUCUAUACCGGGACCGGAGACCGCACGCAAUGCUUCUUUUGUGGUGGAGGACUCCCAGCACACACAUUAUAUAACCUUGAAAGUUGGAGUUCCAAUCAUGCUUCUUCGGAAUUUGUCGCCUCCGAAAGUCCGAAGUUAUGCAACGGAACCCAACUAAAAGUAAUGCAGCUGCAGCGAAACCUCAUCGAGGCGCAGAUCCUGACGAGGUGCGGCGCCGGAGAAGCCGUGUUAAUUCCGCGCAUUCCCCUAAUCCCGAGCAACUUCCCGUUCCGCUUCAAGUGUCUACAGUUCCCCGUGAGCGUCUGCUUCGCCAUGUUCAUCAACAAGUGCAGGGGCAGGUAA